CUCCACACCCCCCUCGUCAACAGUUCCACCAGCAGGCGGUUCGGCAAUCCCAUCACCCUCGCAACCACCCACUACUGUUCAAGGUUACCUUUACCGGUCUACUAGGACUUAAGUUUCGUCAACCUCUUACACGCUCGGUCUACCACUCGUGUUCGUCAACCACCCAAACUUUAGCAAUCAUGUCCGCACCUGUCGACAGUGUCACCGCCCAGAUGGCCACUUCCUCCCUCACCGACAACAACGCUCCCACCGCCACGGAGAGCACUGGCGCUCAACAGCCCACCGCAGCCGAGGACGAGGCUGUGCGUGCGAGCGCCGCCGAGGGCAGGCGACUUUACAUUGGAAACCUCGCAUACGCGACCACCGAGGGGGAGUUGAAGGAAUUCUUCAAGGACUACCUGGUCGAGUCCACGACCAUCCCCACCAACCCACGCACCUCGCGCCCCGUCGGCUACGCCUUCGUUGCCCUCUCGACCCCGUCCGAGGCUGAGCGUGCCAUCGCCGAGCUCAACGGCAAGGCCAUCCUCGACCGCAAGGUCUCCAUCCAGCUCGCCCGCACUCCCGAGGCCCACGCCGAGGGCGCCGGCAGCGGAGCCGAGGGCAACACUGGCGAGGCCCGCCGCCGUACCUCCACCCGUGGACGUGGUCGCGGCCGUGGCCGUGGUGGUCGUGCUGGACGUGGCGGACGUGCGGCCGAUGCUGAAGGUGCCGAGCAGGUCGAGCUCUCCAACGAGGCUCCUGCCGAUUCCACCCCUACAAAUGUACCCGGCCAAGUUGCUCCCCUGACCGAAACUACGAACGAAGCGCUUACCGCAAAGAAGGGCACCGACAAGUCUGCUCCCCAGGGGCCCCGUGAACGCAAGCAGCGCGGUCCUCCCGAGGACGGUGUUCCCUCCAAGACCAAGGUCAUGGUUGCGAACCUGCCGUACGACCUGAAAGAAGACAGGCUACUUGAGAUCUUCAAGGAUUACUCCCCCACCCAGGCCAAGAUCGCCCUCCGCCCCAUCCCCCGCUUCAUGGUCAAGAAGCUCCAGGCCCGCGGUGAGCCCCGCAAGGGCCGUGGUUUCGGUUUCGUUACCCUCGGCUCUGAGGAGCUCCAGCAAAAGGCUUGCUCUGAGAUGAACGGCAAGGAGAUCGAGGGUCGUGAGAUCGCAGUUAAGGUCGCGAUCGACUCCCCCGGUAAGGAAGACGACGCUCCCGACGCGGCCGCCGAUGGCGAGGCUCCCCUUACCGAGACCGGUGCCACCAACGAGACCGACAAGGUGGUCGAGAACCCUCCCGCCACCUCUACCCCCGAUGCCACUUCCACUCCCGCCGCCUAGGUAGCGGCUGCUGCUUAGACGUGCGUCAUCCUCAGCAGGUCGCGUCACACAUUGCAUUGCGCUGUGGAUUUGUGUAUUGAAGUUUCUGGCCUAUCGACAUCUACCAUUUACCUUGAUAGAAAGAUAUGGGCAAGC